GUCGCCGGCCGUCUGCGCCGUUAGCGCCUCGGGAGCCCGCACCGUCUGCGUCCGGAGCUGCGCGGCACUGACGACCAUGGCGGUCCCGGCGACGGCGGCGCGGCUGCGGCUCGGAGCGUGGGGAGUGCGGGCCAUGCAAGCCGGAGGCUUCGGCUGCGGACGGUCAGCGAAUUUCAGCACCGACUCGGGCGCCAUCAGGGAAGCCGGUGGGAGCUUCGCGAGAAGAGAGAAGGCUGAAGAGGAACGAUACUUCCGAGAGCGGACUAAAGAACAACUGGCAGCCCUGAAGAAACACCAUGAGGAAGAGAUCAAUCAUCACAAAAAGGAGAUUGAGCGUCUGCAGAAAGAAAUUGAGCGGCACAAGCAGAACAUCAAGAAACUGAAAGAUCAUGGUGAUGAUUAAGUGCACACAGUUCCCCAUAGAAUGGCUACAUACUGUCCACUUCUAUGAAGACAUAGUUCUGGUAACUAAUAUCUGUGCUGCCAGCAGAUUAUAAUAAAUUGUGAUCAGUGAA